UUGAAUAUAAAGUCAGCAUGCAGUGUUUCUGGUUUCCACUUGUCAGUGAUCUCUCCUUGCAUGAAAAGAUGGGUGCCUCAGGCAUUCAGAUGCUGUCAGUGCUCUUGGUCUGGGCGGCCAGUACAGUUCAAACUGAAGGAUCAUAUGCAUUAAACACAUGGAGUAAGGAAGACCAUGCUCUUCAGGAACAACUCGCUUUAAUGUAUAAGGAAAUAGAAGCCCUGCGAUAUGACCAAAGUUUGAUGAAAAAGAAACAAGAAGACAUGACGCAGGCAGUGAUGCAUUGCACACAAACGCAAGCAUACACAGAUAAUGAGGUGAAUAUGACUUCCCUGGACAAAGGCAGCACCUCUAUGCUGUUCUCCUUUCGCCAAGACGAGGAGAAUGGUGACACUGAUGAAGGCUUUGACCCCUGUAUGAAUUACAAGUCGCUCCAACAGGACUGGAGAGCCACCAACUACAGCACUAAGAAUGUUUACUGUGAUCGCAGAGUGAAGUGGAACGGCUGGUAUCGUCUGUUCUACAGGGGUAGAACCAUCCAAAUGCCUGAGCGGUGUGUGAAGACAGAAAGAUGUGGCACACACGCCCCGUUGUGGUUAGUAGGUGGCCACCCACGCAAACGUGAUGGCAUUGUCACACGCAAAAUUUGUGGCCAUUGGAGCAAUAAUUGCUGCGCCUUCAAGUCCCCUCCCAUCCGAGUUAAAGCAUGCAGGGGGAAUUACUAUGUCUACAGGUUUGUUCAGCCACCAACCUGUCAUCUGGCCUACUGUGCAGAUAUUAACACUCUUAUCUGUGGGAAAUGUAAGAAAAAUGAAAUUUGUACCAGCAAAGACAAGAUCAAAUGGUUUUGUAAGAAAGUAAAAAGAAGAGUGAAAGCCAAAGUGCACUUCUUCGCUGCCUACCCUGGCUCGCUGUCUGGCAAAGUGAACCGAAUCCAGUACAGGAAGGUGUAUGUGAAUGUGGGCAGGGCCUUCAACAGACGCACGGGGGUGUUUACGGCUCCAGUCACAGGCAUCUAUCAGUUCUUCUUCUCCACUCAGACAGGGAGGCGUGGGCUUAAGACUGACCUGUGGCUCGUCGUGAAUGGCUAUUGGGUUGCUGUGUCUCACACUCAUAUCAGCAUCUCAAACACAGUAGGAAAUCUUUCAACAUACAUGACCACUCUGCGUAAAGGUGCCUUAGUAUAUGUGACCCAUAACUGUGGCAAUUCCUGGGCUAACUCUGCAUCCAGCACCAUUGUAUUUGGAGGUUCACUACUUUUAGUAAAAAGAUGAAAGAAUAGAUAAUAGAUUUAGCUACCACCUGAAAAUGUUCAUCUUUAAUGUUUUAUAAUGAAGAUUGUGAAGCUAUUUCUAGUCCAUGUAAGUUAUCUUAAUACCCAGCUGUUCGAUGGGGCCUAAGAAAUGACGUGUAAUUUCUACUGGGAGUAAUUGGUGCAUGUGUGUGUGU